AUUCAGUUUCCGAAUCUAACGUGUGCGGUCGAAAUGAGCACUAUUUCCAUUCGGUUUGAUGUUCAUUGGUUGUUUCAUUCUAUUAUUGUGUUAUCGUGUUUUAUUUCUUUCUUUGUAGUAAAAAUAGUAGGUAUUCAAUAUCUGCAAAAUCCAAAAAUGCAACUCAAGAAUAAUUUGUAGAAAACUAUAAAGUAAUGAUGCAGAUCUUAUGCACUAUUUGUACUGAUCCAGUAAAACAAACUGAGAUUUUACAUUCUACAAAUUGUGGACAUCUGUUCCAUCACAACUGUCUAGCAGAAUGGAUAGAAAGAUCAAACACAUGCCCUCAGUGCCGUCGAUUAGUGACAGACCGAUGUAUUUUCCGAGUUUACCCGACGGUGUCCGACGAGACGCCGAAGGAGGUGGUCGAACUGAAAAAGCAGUUGAAUGAGGCGUCGAAGACCUUACAGACAUUCAAAGAUAAUGAAGAGCUUCUCAAGCUAUAUACGGUGGAAUUAGACAAGAGAAAUUGUGACUUGGAGACUCAAAAAACCUUGGUGGAAAUGGUCAAUGACGACCUGAAAAGGUGUAAUACACUAAACGAGGUUUUGAGGGAAAACGUCGCUUUUUUGAACAGUAAAAUGGCGUUGGAUGAUAUGUCGAGGGCACGAUUGUCGCGGAAACUUGGGCACCUCGGAGUUAAAGUUAGAAAACAGAAUGACAUAUUUCAAAAUAAUAUACAGUUAUUAAAAAAAAGACUAUUCAAAUCGGAGUGCGAGAAACUUAAUUGGAGAAAGAAACUAUACGACAUAGAAGAAGAAUGUAUUGAGAAGAAAUUCAGCAUCCUAUCUCAGCGACUCCAAUUGGGGCAAUCAUCACAAAAAAAAUUGACUACCACAUUAGCACGACUUCAUGCUGUCAUUAUAGAAUCACAAAAAUCCAAUAAUAACAUAUGCAAGGACGAUAUAGUAGAAAAACUCUCCAAAAUGUUGGCAGAGGGCGUUGUACUUCCACCCAAAUCUGUAAAUCCUAGGAACUCAAAUGUAGCAAAUGGGUUAAAAUUUCCUGAAAAAUUAAGUAAUAACAGUUAUAAUGAUGAAACUAAACAGGCUUUUAAAAUUGUCCCUAAUGUUUUGGAUAAAUCACGAACUGAACGCCCAAUGAACAAUUCUAGUCUUGUAGAUGGGGGGAAAUCACUGUCUGAUAUAUUUGCAAUAGAGUUGGUUGUCACAAAACCACCCUCUGAAAGCUCAAGUAAUAAUAAUAUUAAACUAAGUACUGUGUCGACGGAAUUUCGUUUCGCAUCAAAUCCUCAACCAAAGAACCUAGUAGAAAAUCACAAUGAGAAACCUGUAAUAAAUCCUUCGAAGAAGAAUGAAGCUAUAUCCGAGGCGAAACCGAAGUCUAACAAAUUUAACCAUGACCAGUAUAUGUUGCCAGAAGAUAAAAAAAUAGCAUUUAAAGAUUUAGUGAAUAAACAAUCGACGCAACUUAGUUUCGGAUCAUAUCAAUCAGAAAACGCAGUUGAAGAUGACAAAACCGGCGAUAAGAAACCUUUAACAAAUUCGUCAAAGCAGAAAGAAGCGUCUGGAACGAAACCAAUAUCUAAUGAAAAAAUUAGCGUGCCAUCAGAUGUUAAGACAGCUUAUAACGAACUUGUGAAAAAAGCUGCAAAGCUUCCGAGUAAUGGGGCCAUACCAAAAUCAUCGGGAAAAAUUGAGAUUUCACGCGAUGAUUCUGUCAAACCAAUGUUUAUAUUUCCAAUUGCGUCCAAACCCGCAGAAGAUAAAUCUGAUGUAAUAACCGAUUUUGUCUUCCCGUCGACGUCAGCGGAUUCUGAAGACUCCAUUCUGUGGAGGAAAACGUUACAGGGCCUUAUUGGAUCCACACCGCGCGAUAAAGAGAAAAUCAGUCAUUACGUAAGACCAAGUGAAGAUGCGUCUAAACCUGCUUCUUUAUCUAAACCACAGACUGAAAACAAUAAAAUGGAUAUUAAUGAAACUGUGAAAAAGACAUCUGAGUUUGUGCCGAAAGGUGAUGGCGUCUUACCAAUAACAUUGGAGAAACUUAACAUUACGUGCGAUGGACCUGAAAACCCUAAGGUUGAGUUGUCUAAAAUAGUUCUUGGUUCCAAACAACUCACUGAAGGAAAAUCGAGUGCAAUAUCUCAGGAUAUUGUCUUACCGGCUGUAUCAGAGCAGUCUUCAGACUUUUACAACAGAAACGUGGUAGCUUCCACGUUGCAGCGAAAACCGACGCCCAAAUCACGCGGCAAUAUGCCUUGUGAUAUGAGAGCGGUGCUUGAUUUUAUCGAGUUUAAGUCACAACCACAAAAACCUAACAAAAUUCUGGACAACACUACCGUGCCUGGCACGUCAAAAGGUGUAAAGUUCGACCUGAAACCACGAGAUACAGAAAACGUGGCAAAAAGUUCAAUCGAUGAUCAUUCCACUCGUGGGCCGAAACCAUUACAAUUUGACAAUAAAACAAUUUUUUUUUACUCUAAACCACAACAUGAUGUCAAAACUAUUAUUUCUGACUAUAAUAACGCGGAGUCCACUGCAGCUGCUGUCCAAUAUUCGUCAGAACGCGAUUUCGUAAUUACCCCCGAUUGGCUUGAGAUUGCCAAAGAAGAAAUGUCAAAAUUGUUUUCAUUGGAUGAUACCGAGUCAACUUCAAGACAAUUUAGUGAAAAUGAGCGCGAAAAUCAAUUGGAAAAGCUGGCUAUAUCUUUGUCAAAAAUCUCAUGGCCGAAAAUAUUUGAAAGUAAAAUGCCAAGGUCAUUUAAUGCAUCACAGAUUCCGUCAACAUCACAAGCAGAAAUGUUUGCUACGAAAUCAAACGAUGGACAACCACUAUUUCGAGGGUUUUUAGAAAUAAAACCUUGGUGCGUGCCGCAUAAGAGUUAUAGUUAUAAUGGAGAAGGGAUUUUGUCUGAAAAGCUUAAGGAAUUAUUUGAAUCGGAGUGGCAAAGUCACGGAGCGACGCCAAUAUUCAACUUUGUGGCAACGAGAUCUUAGCGUGAAAAUGAAUCGCCUGAAACGAGACAAAUUAAAAAAAACAAGAUUGCAAAUUUGGACGCAACUCACGCAGCCGUAUUGUAAGCGUAGACAUUAGGCAAAAACGAGAAACUCUUUUCGCAUUGAGAAUUGCACCGUUGCAAUAUUACUUUAAAAUAUAUGUAUAGUGUGUCUUUAUUUUUGUGUGGAUGUUUUUUUAACAGCAAAGUUUCCACAACCUCAUUUCUCAAAUUCAUUGACUUUUCAUGUAAAAGUCCUAUCAGCUGGUCGGUCAGUUUCGUCUUUGAGCACGAAAUAUAGACGUUUAAUUCUCAUUGGUAAUUUCGUGUUACAGUGUUGAAGUGUUUAAAAAAACCUGUUAAUUUUAUUAUGUACCUUAUUUGUAGGGUAAAUCAUAUUUUACAAUGUUAUAAUGGUCGGGUGUAUGGAUCGUCUAAAUUAAUGUUAUCAUCACAGCACCGGGCCACAGCUCGUAUAUAAAGGUCACCGAAAUGUUUUUUUUAAUAAUAUUGAAAUAAAAUAAACGUGUUUUAGUUUUCGCAUAUUGUUUAUCACAGUUGAUUUUGAUUUUAGAUGCAUGGCAUUGUCUAUAACUGUCUAUAUCUAAAUUAUAUAUAGCAUUUAUUUUAAUGUAGCAUUAAAAUUUAUAAAGAGACGAUAGAAGUUGCAGUUUUUGUUGUCUUUUUUUAACAAAUAAUUUGUACUAAUUUGGUCAGUACCUAAUUAUAUAAUAUUUUUAAAAUAUUAUUUUUUUCUAUUUGAGGGUGCGCUUUUUCCUGUUUGAUUAAUAAUUCCGUGGAAUUCUGACAGCGGAAAUAUAAACGUUCAGAUUUUUGGAAAUAAAAAAAUAUAUAAUUCCAUUAUAACACUACUCUGAAGUACAAAGAAAGACCAUUCUUAUUACAUAUACAAAUUGAAAAACAGUAAAACAGCAUUUCUUCAGUCAAUUAAAGUCAAGGCUCCUCUCAUGAUGCUCAAUAAUUCAACAAAUAAAACAACUUUAGUUUUUAUAAAUUUCACAAAGGUUCUCAAAAAAAGACCGUUAAUCACUAAACAGAGAUUCCUGUAAAAGGAAAAUAAUCUCCCAAAUAAUCAUAUUAGAAUUCGACAAUAUGAUAACAAAAAAUCUAUUUACUAUUUCAAAAUUAUCAAUAUAUUUUGAAUGAAUGAAUGGUUCCAUAAAAACGAUUUUAUUUAAUAUUUCGGGUGAGAUCGUUUCAAUGUUGCCUACAUUUAUGAAAUGUCAGAAUUCCGCGGCAUUAAAAUGCAGACUAUAUUACCAUUAAAAAGGCGCUCUGUACUCUGUAAACUGGCACAGUGUUGCCAGGUCCAAUUAGUUCAAUAGAAAUUACAAAAUUUCGCAAUAUAAUCGUAGUUAAAGUUACUAAUUUUAUUGACGCGAUUGUUUCGCCCCAAAUUGGUACACGGCGACGCUGAAUAAGUACUUACCUACCUGAUUUGAUUUGAAUUGCCAAAUAUAUCGAACUUAG